CUCUCUCUCUCGCGUAGGGAGCGGGCCUGGUUCGUUUUACGACCGCCGUUUAUCCACAUAAACCGCCUUUUUUUACAUUUUUUUUUCAAAGCAAGCAAACAAACCUCUUUCUGUCUCUGCACUCUCUCUCUCUCUCUCUCUCUCUCUCGCCCUCUCUCGGAGCGGGCGAGCGAGGGUUCGGAAUCUUGCGGAGAAUUGCUCAACCCAGUCGGAAAGUCCAUUGGUUCCGACUCAAGGCUUCGAGGCCCCGGAUGCGACGUGACCGGACCAGAGAUAGGAAGCUCUUAUUCUUCUCUAAAUAAAAAUAAUAAUAAAGGAAUCUUCUCUCUCUCUGGUCGUGGCUGUGUUAGCUUGCAAUGCAGGGAAAAGAAGGGAAAGAAUCAUAAAGUAGGAGGCCCUUACACGGCACAGAAGCCGAGAUCCCUUACUCGAUCCUCUUGACUUAUGCCGAAUCCGUUCUGAUUUUCCUCGUCUCUUUACCUCCGUCUCUUCGAUCUCUCUUUUGUUUAAAUUCUAUCGUUUUUCUCUAUGUUUUUAUCCUCGAACUUGAAAAAAAGAAUAGCACGGAAGAGUUAGAUAGAUAGAGAGAGAGAGGAGCGUUUGAGCUGGAGAUAAUGCUUUGGUGGGUUGUGGUUUCUGAGUUGCACGAUGCCAUCUGAAGUAAUGGAUCAAAGGGGUUUGUCUCCAUCGUCCUACUUCUUUGAGGAAAUCCGUUUUCCUGCCGAGAGAAAAGUUGGAUUUUGGACGUCUGAAAAUAUGCCUGAUAGCCAUGGAGUAGGAAUGGGUGCAAUAUCACGAACAUCAGGGAGCAAGUCAAUUGCUUCAUCACCCCUAGAGAAACUUAUGCCAAUGGGAACACACUCAAUGCAGUGCUUGGAAUUACCUGCAUCUUACCCUGUCAGAGACCAGAAUGCUAAGCUUAACUUAGAGCACCAAGUUGUGAUGACAGAUAAAACAGCCAAUUCAUCCAUGACCUUGUGGAGAUCUGUGGACCAAGAUGUGGCAGCAAAGUCCAAUCUAUUUGUGCAGCCAGCAUCUUAUUUUAUGGAAGGUGGCAGAAUAGAGAAGAAUUCAGUGCUAUGUGAGAAUGGUCUAUUCUCAAGCUCCUUUUCAGAAAUAUUUAGCAGGAAGUUAAAACUAUCAUCCAAUGAUGUUCUAUUUGGAAAAUCUGUUGAUACUGUUGCCUCCCAAUAUGAGGAACAGGAGCCCUUUGAAUCCCUUGAUGAAAUUGAGGCACAAACAAUCGGAAACCUCCUUCCUGAUGAUGAUGACCUGCUUUCUGGUGUAAUUGAUGAAUUGGAGUACAUUGCCCUACCAAAUAGUGGGGAUGACACAGAAGAUUUUGAUCUGUUUAGCAGUGGUGGAGGGAUGGAACUAGAAGGAGAUGACAGUUCCUGUGGGGUCCAAAUUUCUGGUAUUUCUGGAGAUAUUUCCAAUGGUCAGCAGGGAGUUUCUUAUGGAUCUGUUGCAGGGGAACACCCUUAUGGUGAACACCCCUCCAGGACACUCUUCGUGAGAAAUAUAAAUAGCCAUGUUGAGGAUACAGAAUUAAAGGCUCUUUUUGAGCAAUAUGGAGAUAUUCGCACUCUUUAUACAGCAUGCAAGCAUCGCGGUUUUGUUAUGAUUUCUUAUUAUGAUAUAAGGGCAGCACGAAAUGCAAUGAGAGCACUUCAGAACAAGCCACUAAGGCGGAGGAAACUUGACAUACACUACUCAAUUCCUAAGGACAAUCCUUCAGAGAAAGAUAUUAAUCAAGGAACUUUAGUGGUGUUCAACCUAGAUUCUUCUGUUUCAAAUGAUGAUCUCCGCCAGAUAUUUGGUGUUUAUGGAGAAAUUAAGGAGAUCCGUGAAACCCCACACAAACGCCAUCACAAGUUCAUAGAAUUUUAUGAUGUUAGAGCUGCAGAUGCUGCUCUUCGUGCUUUGAACCGGAGUGAUAUUGCAGGGAAACGGAUCAAGCUUGAGCCAAGCCGCCCUGGUGGUGCAAGACGUCUGAUGCAACAGUUAUCUCCAGAGCUGGAACAAGAGGAUUCCUUUUCAUCUCGUCCACAUGGUAGCCCUCCUAAUAAUUCACCAGCAGAAUGCUUUGUUUCACAAGGGUCAACCACAUCUGUUGGUAUGGAGCAUGGAGCAAUCCAGGGUCUGCACUCCAAGAUCCAAGUUCCUAUUGGUCCAUUAGCAGAAAACACAUUCUAUCAUGGAAUAUCUUCUAGUGUUCCAAAUAACAUAUCCUCUCCAGUGAGAAUUGCAUCAUUUGGCAAUCAAUCUGCACUUGGCGAGCAUAGCCACUCACUUGGUCAGAUGAAGUUUGGUUUUCAGAGCCUGACAAGUUUUCAUCCUCAUUCACUGCCUGAGCAUCAUGAUGGCUUAGUCAAUGGUGUCCCUUACCACUCUCCAGGCACUAUGGCGGCAAUGGCAGCAAAUAUGAGUCCUAGACCAUCAGAAGGAAUUGAUAACAGGUGCAUCCACAGAAUAGGCUCAAAUAGGCAUCCACUUGACGUUAAUGAUGGUGUUUUCAGCUCUUCCAGAAAUGGAAGCUGCCCUCUUCAUGGACAUCAGUAUGUGUGGAGUAACUCCAAUUCAUAUCAUCCUCGUCCUCCAGUUCCCAUGAUGUGGUCAAACUCACCAUCAUUCGUCAAUGGUCCUCAUAAUCAUGCCGCUCCACAAUUGAAUGGCCUUCCGAGGAUGCCAUCCCAUUUGCUGAACCCAGUGUUACCUGUACACCACCAUGUUGGAUCAGCACCUGCUGUUAAUCCCUCUUUAUGGGAUAGGCGGCAUGCAUAUUUAGGAGAAUCUCCUGAGAGAUCCAAUUUCCCUCCAGGUUCUCUUGGGAGUACAGGAUUUCCGGGUAGUUCUACAUUGCAUCCUGUAGAACUUUCUUCUCGUAACAUAUUUCAUGUGGGUGGCAACCAUAUGGACCCAUCUAUUCCCUCUACAAAUGUUGGACUGCAUUCCCCUCAGCAAAGAUGUCACAUGUUCCCUGGACGAAGCCCAACAAUCCCAAUGGCAAGUUCAUUUGAUGCACCUAAUGAGCGGCUUAGAGGUCGUAGAAGUGAUACUGUUUCCAAUCAGACUGAGAACAAGAAGCAGUAUGAACUUGACAUUGACCGCAUAUUGCGUGGAGAGGACACCCGGACAACACUUAUGAUAAAGAACAUUCCUAACAAGUAUACUUCAAAGAUGCUUUUGGCUACAAUUGAUGAACAACAUCGGGGAACUUAUGAUUUCAUCUAUUUGCCAAUUGACUUCAAGAACAAAUGCAAUGUGGGUUAUGCAUUCAUCAAUUUGAUUGAUCCUCUUCAGAUUGUUCCAUUCUAUAAGGCAUUUAAUGGCAAGAAAUGGGAGAAGUUCAAUAGUGAAAAGGUGGCAUCACUUGCCUAUGCACGCAUCCAGGGGAAAGCAGCUCUAGUUGCCCAUUUCCAGAACUCUAGCUUGAUGAAUGAGGAUAAGCGAUGCCGUCCUAUUCUAUUUCGCACUGAUGGUCCAAAUGCUGGUGAUCAGGAGCCCUUCCCUGUGGGGGCCAAUAUACGUUCAAGACCUGGCAAAUCACGGACCAGUGGUAACGAGGAUAAUCAAGGAAGCCCACCAAACUCUACUAAUGGAGACGAAUCUUCCAGUGGGUUGGAUUCUACGUCGGGUUCUACAAAGGACUCUGAUUGAUCAAACUGUGUUAUUUUUGGGAACUAACAAUGUUACCUAAACAAAAUUUUGUGCAAAUCAGUCCUCUAUUUUCUAAUAGUCUUCGGGGGCGGUUGACAUAUUCUUUUGGGUGCUCGCAAGAAGCCCCUUCCAAAUUUUGAGAACCAGAGCAUGUAGCGGAGGCACCGGAAAUUCCAUUUUCUUGUUGGGACCUUUUUAAGUUUGUAUCAAGGCCAACAAUGAGAAAAGCAUUACAGAGAAAAGAUGUACAUGAGUUUCUGAGCCAGGGAGAGCUUUGUUUGAGAUAUUUCGAGGAGACUUCGCUGACCUAUCUUUUUCUUUUUUUUCUUCUUUUUUUAUCUUUAUAUCAUUCUCAUUUACUUUAAUUUGCCCCUUCUAUGUAUUUCUUUUGUUCUGCUUUAUGGGGUUAGAAUCCUUGGGGAUUUCUGUUUUGGAUUGAGCGGGUAUUACAGAUCAGAGAGAAAUGAUCUCUGGUCGUGAAUUUUUUUUUUUGAUUUGUACAAGAGGAGGCGCUGCAUCCCACAUCAUAUUGAAGGAUUGAAUAUUUUUGUUUGGAAUUGAUUACUUGAUGUUGGCAUGUUGCUUUUUAA